AUGGCACCCAGCCCGAAUGGCAUGAUGUUGAAGCCCCACUUCCAUAAGGACUGGCAUGGCAUGGCCUCAUGGUUCAACCAGCCAGCGGGGAAGAUCUGCAGACUCAAGGUCGGGAAGCCAAAGCAAGGCCCAGAGCCUCCAUGUCCGGACCCAUCCAGCCCAUCCCAUGGUGCCCCCACAGUGAGGUAUCACACCAAAGUGCAAGUUGGCAGGGGCUUCAGCACGGAAGGGCUAUGGGUGGCUGGCCUACACAAGAAGGUGGCAUGGACCAUUGGAAUCUCAGUGAGUCCAAGAAGGUGGAACAUGUCCACAGAGUCCCUGCAGGCCAAUGUGAAGUGGCUGAAGGAGUAUGGCUCCAAGCUCAUCCUCUUCCCCAAGAAGCCAUCAGCCCCUAAGGAGGGAGAUGGCUCUGCUGAAGAACUCAAAUUGGCUACCCAGUUGACAGGACCAGUCAUGCCCAUGUGGAAUGUCUGUAAGAAGGAGAAAGCCAGAGUCAUUAGAGAGGAGAACUUCAAGGCAUUCGCUGGUCUUCACGUGGUCCAUGCCCAUGCCUGGCUCUUUGGCAUCUGGGCAAAAAGAGCCAAGGAAGCUGCAGAACAGGAUGUUGAGAAGAAAAAAAUAAAGUAUCACUGGCAACUUGUGAUUAUGCAAAGGCCUCAGUGGACCUGGGAGAACAACCACAUUUGCUGGUGCUGGAACGAGGUUGUUGGGGGUGAAGCCUGGCACCAGCCACAGUCUCUGGGCCUCGGCAGCAGCACGGUCUCUCCAACAUUCCUGGUUGCGGCCGACACCCGGCCGCUGCUCAGUGAGACCAUUUGCAGCGGGGUGGAGCAGGUCAAAGCCGCAGUCCCUCGGGAAACACGGCCACAUCUGAGAUAA